GUUGGUCAGUGACGAUGUGAGAGCCGGGCAAAAAGUUUAUUGUCCACAGGAUGAAAUCGCAGUUGGUUUUGCUUUUCUUCGCCCUGUUUCUUCUGGAUAGAAGCAGCGGCUUAACAGCGAAGAAGCGAGGUCCGAAGGUAACAGCCAAGGUAUUCUUCGAUAUUCAGGUUGGUGGUAAGGACGUGGGAAGGAUUGUCAUUGGUUUAUUUGGUAAAGUUGUUCCAAAGACUGUGGAAAACUUUAUCACUCUAGCAACAGGACAGAAAGGGUAUGGUUAUAAAGGCAGCAUAUUUCACCGUGUCAUCAAGGAUUUCCUAAUACAGGGUGGAGAUUUUACUUCAGGAGAUGGGAAUGGAGGAAUGAGCAUUUAUGGAAAGGUGUUUCCAGACGAGAACUUCAAGUUGAAACACUAUGGAAUUGGAUGGGUCAGCAUGGCUAAUUCAGGACCCGAUACGAAUGGCUCCCAAUUUUUUAUUUCAUUAACAAAACCAAAGUGGCUAGAUGGAAAGCAUGUGGUGUUUGGCAAAGUUAUUGCUGGAAUGCUUGUGGUGCAUACAAUAGAACUCCAGGACACAAACAGCAACAAUCGACCUCUCCAAGAUUGUGUGAUAGUAAAUAGUGGAAAGAUAGAUGUCAAAGAACCUUUUGUGGUUGAAGUGAAUGAUGACGAGUAACAAGAAAGCACAUGGUAUCUCUUAGAAAUAACACAUGAUGAGCAAAAAUGACACUUCUGCUUCCAUUGAUCAAAUUUAUUAUUGUGAUACAUCAAAACAUUCAUUCCCUCUUUAUAUCUGAUUUUUUUUUAGCUAAAGGUGGUAUGGUACAGUUAGGUUAUUGCUCAAAAACUUAAUGGUGCAUGAUUAUAUUUUGAUAAGUAACCUACCUGAAUGUGGAGCUGGGAGAGUCUUAAAUGCUUCUUCAACUGCACUUAAAGGAAUCGGUUGUUUCUACUGUCUUCGUUGACACACCAAAUUAACAUUGUUCUCUGGGCUUGAUCCACUCAACCAAGGGCUGAUGUGGCACCAGUUAAUGCCUAGUCAUCAAUGUCCUGUUUGCUGGUGGGAUGUCCUCAUCAGCUGGCUCCAACAGGAGCAGAGUCUUGAGUGCCACCAUUCAGAUACAUUCAGGGAAGGGUAAAAUGGGUUUCUCAAAUUUCUGGACCAUGUUCGUAGUAAAUCGAUAAAGGAGGAACAAACAAUUUGGUGGAGGAACUCAGUGGGUCGAGCAGCAUCUGGGGGUGGGGGAAGGAAUUGUCGCUGUUUUGGGUCGAAACUCUGCAUCAGGACUGAGUCGACAAUUCCUUUCCCCCCAUAGAUGCUGCUCGACCUGCUGAGUUCCUCCAGCACACUUUUUUUGUUGCUCCAGAUUCCAGCAUCUGCAGUCUCUUGCCUCAAAUAAAGGGGGAAUUAUUCUCUGCUUUUUAAACCUCUGUACAAUGUUCUUUGCGUCAUUGUGGUUAACCUUUUUGAAGCUUCACAAAAAUGUCUGCUUCUUUCAAAUAUUGUUUAUUUAUAAACAGAUCUAUCGUUAUUGGAAAAUGUUCUCAGCUAAAUGUUGAAAUUGAAGUAAUUGCAGAAGUGUUUUAACAGUUGGAUUUAAGAUUAACAGUAGAAUGCAAACAUACCAAAAAAUCAUAUUGAACAUUCAUCAUCAAUAAAGUUAUGAUCUAUUACAUGCAUAUAAUAAUGUAAUGUUCGACAAGUAUAGUUAUGUAUUCUGUCUUUAGCUUGCUGUGAAUUUAUCUGGUGAAAUUAGAUUUAAUUUUUUUAUAUGGUCCAUGUUUACUGUGGUUAUUCCUGACAACCAUGGUGUUCUUGAGGUAAGCAUUUGUAAUUCCAACCAUUUAAGAUUGCAGAGAAAACAAA